AUGUGGGCGAACACGAAGUUCCCCGUCCCUCAUGUAAUGCUUCUUCUUCGUGGUUGGAAAACCUUCGCACGCGCCCACUGCCAGAUGAAGGGGCACGUCCUCGACUUCAAAUUGGUGGAGGUUGACCUGCUCUUCGUCAAGGUUUUUGGGCGCUUGGGAAUCCGGCUAGGGUGCUGCGCGGAGAGCUCGACCGACGAUGAGCGCUCCUCCUCUAGGGAUAGCGACGAGGAGGAGACCAGUGGGGAGGACGAUGGGGACGGGUCGACUAGACCGCCCCCGGGCGAUGCUGGCAGCACCACCAUCUGCACCUGGUCUUCUCCCUGGCAGACCGAUUUGCCGUGGGAUCGUCCGUCGGCGGACCAGGAGGACGUAGACGCCGUCAUCGAGGAUGUCGCCAAGGACGCUGCAGAAGAGGCCGAAAAGAUCGCUGGCGAGGAGACCGCCAAGGGUGCUGCCGAAGACGCCGCCAAGGGGCCUGCUGGGGAGGUCGGCAAGGCCGCCACCGAGGAGGAGGGUGUAUGGACACAGACCAAGUGUCGGCGUAGAUGGACACGGGUCAAUGGACUGAAGGUUGGAAACUUGUGGGCGCGAUUUCCGCGCGAGGGGUGGAAUUUUUGGGGUGUUCGCGCAAAAUAUCCUUCACCCCCGUGCAGAAUAUCCCCAAGGACCCCAACUCGAACCCGAUUCCACAACCCUAACCAGUGGCUAUUGCCGCCGCCCUCGUGCUCGAUCCACAAUCCUGUCGCCGGCCUUGCACUCCACCCCGUCGUCAAGCCGUCGUGUCGGAGCUCGCAUUCCCCCGCCCCCGAGCUCCACCCCGACAUCUACCUGUCCUUGCACUCCACCCCUUCCCCUCGAGCUCCAUCCCAAGGCCGAGCCGCCGUCUUCGAGAUCCACAUACAACCGCCGUCCUCGGGCCGCCCCCUCGACAUCCAGCCGUCGUCCUCGCCAAUCCCCGCCCUGCUGCUGCCGGGGCCCCAUCUCCGGCUCCCCCCAUUGCUGCACCUGCUGUUGCCAGGCCUCCAUCUCUGGGCUCCCGCUGCUGCCGGUCCUGCUGCAAUGGGACCUGCUGCUGCUGGGGAUCCAUCCCCUUCGAGCUGCGCCCCUCUCGAAGCCAGCCGUCGCCAUGCCCUAAGUGUCAUACAGGCAAGGAAAAGAGAUGGUGAAGAAGGAGCUUCAGCAGGCAUGAUGGUUCGACAACCACAACGUCGCAAGGCCAUCCCCAUUGCCCGUCAACACUAUUUCAGGCACUUAGCCAACUGGUGCACAUGGACGUGAUGACUUUGCAGUGUUUAUGGACCAACCAACCUGUAAUCAUGGAUCUUAUCUGUCUACUAGACAAUUUGAUGUUUCGAGUAUUUUGGAGCUUGCACUCUGUGCAUGUGGAUGCAUACUUGUGUGUUCUGGACCAUCUAGCUGAAGUCUCUUGUACCAGCAAAUAGUGCUCAUCCUUUUGUGACUUGUGUACUCUGGGUGAUUGUUAAGAUGGUCAAACUAUGCUUUGUCAAGAUUUGAUGUGUUUGUCAACUUGCGUUCAAUGUAUAUGCAUGUUUGUGAACAUAUUUUAAUUGUUAUACAGUAUGUGUUAAUCUUUAACCUGCUUCUGGAUGUGAGGUUAAUAAUUGAAUCUGUUUAGAGCUUGUAUAUAUGGAUAAUUAUAUAUAUGUAUAUUGUUUUGGCUGCACA